AUGGAUCCUGCUUUUAAGCUCUCACCUGAUGAAGGUGUAGUUGUAAGCCAACUUGAGUAUUCAAGGGCCUUUAGAUCUCUCAUGUAUGCCAUGAUUAGCACUAGACCGGAUAUAGCUUAUGCUGUUGGAAAGCUUAGUAGGUAUACUAGCAAUCCAGGUGCAAGUCAUUGGCAAGCAAUGAAUCAAGUAUUUUUGAGUUAUACUGGAUUUCAUUCGGUUUUAGAAGGUUAUUCGAAUGCAAGCUGGAUUAACAACAAGGAAGAUCAUUCUUCCACAAGUGGAUGGACUUUUCUGCUUGGAGGAGGUGCUAGAUCUUGGGCAUCUAAGAAACAGACUUGCAUAACUGAUUCAACAAUAGAGUCUGAGUUUGUUGCAUUAGUCGCAGCUGGCAAAGAAGCUAAGUGGCUAAGAAACUUAAUUUAG